UGCCAUGCGGGACUACGACGACCUGAUCGCCUUCCUGGGCGAGUGGGGCCCCUUCCAGCGCCUCAUCUUCUUCCUGCUCAGCGCCAGCAUCAUCCCCAACGGCUUCAACGGCAUGUCCGCCGUGUUCCUGGCCGCCACGCCGGAGCACCGCUGCCGGGUGCCGGCCGGCGCCAACCUGAGCGGCGAGUGGCUCAACGCCAGCAUCCCGCUGGAGGAGCACGAGGGGCGGCAGGUGCCCAGCCGGUGCCGCCGCUACCGCCUGGCGAGCCUGGCCAACUUCUCCGCCCUCGACCUCCGGCCCGGCCGCGACGUCAACCUCAGCCAGGUGGAGCAGGAGGAGUGCCUGGACGGCUGGGAGUACAGCCGCGACCCCUACCUCUCCACCAUCGUCUCCGAGUGGAAUCUGGUAUGUGAUGAUGACUGGAAAACCCCCUUAACAACAUCUCUAUUUUUUGUGGGUGUGCUGCUUGGAUCUUUUAUAUCAGGACAGCUCUCUGACAGGUUUGGAAGAAAGUUUGUUCUGUUUGCCACUAUGGGUGUACAGACAGGUUUCAGCUUCCUGCAGAUCUUCUCAACCAGCUGGGAAAUGUUCACAGUGCUUUUUCUUAUAGUUGGUAUGGGUCAAAUUUCUAACUACGUCGUGGCCUUCAUAUUAGGCACAGAAAUUCUUGGCAAAUCAGUUCGUAUUAUAUUCUCUACAUUAGGAAUUUGCAUAUUUUUUGCAAUUGGCUACAUGUUGCUGCCACUGUUUGCUUACUUCAUCAGAGACUGGCGGAUGCUGCUACUGGCUCUUACUGUACCAGGGGUAUGCUGCGUUCCACUGUGGUGGCUCAUUCCUGAAUCUCCCCGGUGGUUGAUCUCUCAAGGAAGAUUUGAAGAAGCUGAAAGGAUUAUUCAAAAGGCUGCAAAAAUGAAUGGUAUUCCAGCCCCAGAAACACUUGUAGAUUCAGGAGAGAUGCAAGAUGUGAAUAUCAAGCAGCAGAAGGCAAUACUUCUGGACUUGUUCAGAACUCAAAACAUUGCACUGAUCACUGUCAUGUCUCUUCUUUUGUGGAUGUUCACAUCAAUUGGCUAUUUCGGUCUGUCACUCAACACCUCCAACCUGCAUGGAAAUGCUUACCUCAAUUGCUUCCUGUCAGCUGUAAUUGAAGUUCCAGCCUAUGUGAUUGCCUGGCUUCUCCUUCGGACCCUGCCUCGACGUUAUUCGAUAUCUGGCACACUGUUUUUUGGAGGAGGUGUUAUUUUGUUUAUUCAACUGGUACCUGCAGAUCUUCAUCUCCUUUCUCUUAUCCUGGCAAUGUUGGGAAAAUUUGGAGUCACAGCCGCCUUCUCCAUGCUUUAUGUCUACACUGCAGAACUUUACCCAACCAUAGUAAGGAACAUGGCCGUGGGUGCCACUUCAAUGUCCUCCCGGGUGGGCAGCAUCAUCGCUCCUUACUUUGUUUAUCUUGGUGCCUAUGAUAGAUAUCUACCGUACAUCCUUAUGGGCAGCCUGACUGUGCUGAUAGGGAUUCUCACCCUCUUCCUCCCAGAAAGUUAUGGUAACCCGCUACCAGAGACAUUUCAAGAGAUGCUGCGAGUUAAAGGAUUCAGAAACAGAAAACUUACAACUAAAAUAGAUCAUUCAAAGAAUGACAAGAACUUGAUUACACAGCUAUGAUCGUACAUUUCUACCUUUUGAUAUAUGGACAUC